GAGCUUCAGUCUCAAACAGCAUCAGUUAUGGAAGGUGCACAUCCCGGCGUGUUUGUUUAUAUCAUUAAUUUUUCACGGUUUCCCUUAAGAUUUUUUUUCUGCACUAUAUUUCAUGCUGUCUACAAUUGAAGUUCAGCUGGAGAACUGUAAAAGCAAGGGGAUAGUAAUGGACUUCUGAGAGAGCUGUAUGUAAACAUUUCUUUCUUUAUGAGUGAAACUACAUAACAGAAGGACGGAUUCUCCAAUCCCUGUUUUACAAAUUUCUUCUCUUCAAAGGACGGCUGAAUUCAAAUUACUCUAAAUCUGCUGUUGUGAAGUAGAUCAUUGUGCAUUUUGUGUAAAAUCCUAAUUUUAUUUGUGUAGGUUUGAAAAGGAGCUUCUUGUAUAAUUUAUUUCUUAUCACAGUGUGAAAUUCUGCACCAGGAGGCAAGAGGCUUGGGAUUCAUACUCCACUGCAAAGUUUUUUUCUCCUGAAGGUUUGCCUCAACAGCUAAUUAUUUCAUCAGCAUGGCUUUGCCUGAUAAUACUGGUGGCAUUUCAGAGGAGCUGGCCUUUCCAGAAAUUAUUGAACUCAAUGUAGGGGGCCAGGUAUACAUAACUCGUUACUCAACGCUCACAAGUGUUCCUGACUCACUCUUAUGGGAGAUGUUCAGCCAGAAAACUGCUAAGAGUCUAGCACGUGACACCAAGGGCCGCUUUUUUAUUGACCGUGAUGGUUUUCUUUUUCGAUAUAUCCUGGACUACAUGAGAGACCAGCAACUUGUUUUGCCUGACCAUUUCCCAGAGAGAGGGAGACUACAACGAGAGGCUGAGUACUUCAACCUUCCUGAGUUAGUGAAACUUCUGGCUCCAAAGAUCACCAAGCAGAACUCACUGGGCGAUGAUGGAUGCCAGAGUGACCCAGAGGAAUCGUCACCCAGUGCUGAUGCUAGCCGAAACCUGGCAUCUUUGGGGACAGCGACCUGCAGCAGCCUAACAGCCAGUGAUGGCAAGCGCACUGGGUUCAUCACCAUUGGCUACCGAGGCUCCUACACUCUGGGCCGUGAUAGCCAAACCGACGCUAAAUUCCGGCGUGUGGCCCGGAUCAUGGUGUGUGGGAAGACGUCAUUAGCCAAAGAGGUUUUUGGGGAAACUCUAAAUGAAAGUCGAGACCCUGACCGGCCGCCCGAGCGGUACACCUGUCGCUACUAUCUGAAGUUCACUUUCCUUGAACAGGCUUUCGACAAGCUGGCUGAUGCUGGUUUUCACAUGGUGGCAUGCAACUCGACAGGCACAUGCGCUUUCACACAUGACCAAACUGAUGACAAGAUCUGGACCAGCUACACGGAAUACGUUUUCUACCGUGAGUGAGAACAGACCUGUGUUCCUGACCCUUCUCCUCCCAAACCUACUUGCCUCUCUUUGAGAUCAUGCUCCCUUAGAUGCAGACACUUCUAGCUAACCAUCCUUAAUCUCCAACCAGACUUGCCCUUGAUGCUUCUUGUUAUGGUUGACCACUUCCCCUCUCUUCAAACCAACUCUGUCCCCUCAGCUAGAAACAGCUCUUUAUACUUAUGUACCCAUUUUUGGCCUUUGUGAAGUACUGUUUCAUGCUGUUGGGUCUUUUUGCUUUUUUGGUGUCUGUUGUUUUAAUCUGGAAAAGGCCAACUGAAAGGGCUUGGAUGGGGCCUCUCUGUAUCUCCAAGUAGCCUUGGCACCAACCUAUAACGAUAGCAUUCUUCUCACCUGUCCAUCACAUAAGUGGACAGUCAUUGCUUGAAUGUUGGUUAUCUGUAACAUGACAAGUCAUUUAGUCAUUAUAAUAAGCUAAAUAUUAUGGGACCAAGCCAUUAGGAUACCAGCAGGUAGACAGAAUAGGCGAAUGAACCAUAACGCUGAGAGACACACAAAUCAUUCUCAAUCUGCAGUGGGACUUCAUGUAAAGAUUUGCCACUAUGGCACGAGGAGGUCCAGUGAUCUGACAUGUUUAGUUUCUGACAGUACACAGCAUAAUGUGUUUAUAAAAAAAUAAAUGUGUGUUAUGCUGUUGUAAUUCUAACUAGCACAAAGUGUUACACUAGAAGGGGACUUUGCCUUCUUGCCAAAGCACAUCAAGGGCUGAACACUGAGCAGGAGGCUGUGGAACACAGACAAAAAAAGGAUUACGGUGUUGCCCGAAACCUGUUUAGUAAAGCCUCAUGACAUUUAUUCAUAGUGACAUGAACCAUUUUGUGUUCUGCUCUUUUGUGCUCUAAAUAGAAAUGUUGUCAUCACAACAUGUCAUCCCCUUUUUAAUAUUUUUGUGUCUAUUUUUCAGGAUUUUUUAUUAUUAUUUUCCUACCAUAUUUAUGUAAGCUUACACCAUUAACAUUUUCUUCCUUGUAAGAAACAGAUCUGCAGAUAUAUUAGCAUAUUUUCUUUUAUAACAGCUAGCUGAGUUGAUUAUUUAGCAGUUAUUCGGGUGAUAAAACAUAGAUUUAUGCACUAUGAAAGUCAGGAAAGUUUAGGUUAAAACAUUAGUGACUGUAGUUACAAUGUUAGCAACACGGCAAAUUCAAAGGAGAAUAAUUGGGUGUGAAUACAAAACAACUGAGAGAAGAUAGAAAAUACAUUUUCAGGUCCACCCUCAGGAUUUGCACAGCAGUUGUUACCUCAGAUCUUCAGAAAGUAUUAAGGCACAAAUAAUGAAAUGGUCAUUUUGAGUAAAACUUUUCACUUAAUGCUUUCAUUAGCCACAUAUGUGCUAUUGCCUGACAAGAAAAUGUUUACAUUGAGCCACUCAUAUCCUUAACUUGGAUAUCCUGUUAUCCUAUUCAUUUUCUUGUGAAGACAUUCUGUGUUGUUAGCAGCAAGUUAGAAAAAUUAAAGUGCUAAAAAGCAGCAUGAAUAAAUCAGCAAUGUCUGUAAUGUGUGGUGAAUUUAAGUAACAAUCAGUCAUGUAUUACUUUUUUGUAAUCACAGUUCUCCGUAUCUAAUGACUGUAAAAUUGUAUGAAGGAAAAAUAAACAAUUUGGUAAAUAAUUUAGGACCAAGAUGUGAAACAAGACCAAUAGGUUUGAUGAUGUUGAUGAUGUGAUCAACUUUGCCUUGAUGAUGAUGUUGCUACAGUGUCUAUGUAGUUAAUGGUGGAGAUGGAAGAAGUAUUAAACUGGAUUAUCAUGCACAUCUCUGCUGAACAUAUGCCUCCUAUUUGCAAUGUGCUCAGCACUUCUCAAGCUUUCUCCUGCUUAUCUCUC